AUGAGUGCAGUCCAUUCAGAGGCACGUCUGCAGGUUGCUGCUAUGGAUCACAACAGUAAUGUGGACCGGAAGACAGCUAAAACAAAAGAAGGUGAGGAGCAACAUAAACACCAAUACUCCAAGUCUGCUCAACAGUAUGUGGUGACCCCACUGAAGGUGGACAAGGAUUAUACCUUCAGGAAGAACAUAGUGGCAGGGGUGAUCAAUAGGUGCAAGUCGACAUCCAUCCGGGCAACAUUGCAGGAGCUGAAAACGGAGACUGUUAUCACGCUGGCCCAGCACAAAGGUGUGGAAAAACCAGAGAAAGCGGUGUCUGUUGCCAAGCAUCUGAGCAGAUUCGCAUCCUCACAGUCCCGUGUAAGAACCAAGAAGAUCUUUGAGAAGAUGGAGCCUCUGGCGGUUUCCUCACAGCUUGGGAACAGCAGCAAUGACUCUAGAUCUUGUCUGGGGGAGAGCCAGCAUGUGUCCAUCGCUGUCCUCCUGUGCCUGGUCUUCUUCCUGGGAUUCCUCCUGAACACCUUCAGCCUCUGGGUCUUCUCCUGCCGGUUGCCCCGCUGGACCUGUGGAACCACACUGCAGUUCCACUUGGCCCUGAGCGACGCCAUCGCCACCCCAGUCACUCCCAUGAUGGCGGUGUACUUUGCCACGGGCAAUGAUUGGCCCUUUGGUCGGUUCCUGUGCCAAGUCAAGAUUGCCCUGCUUAGUUCGCAUUUCUACGGCAGCACCAUAUUCCUCACUCUCAUCAGCAUACAUCGGUACACAGCCGUGGUACGCUACAACAGAAGCUCCUGCAUGAAACGGAAGAAGUUUGUCAGGAAUCUGUGUGCAGGAAUUUGGUCUCUGCUACUGAUUCAGGCUCUGAUCUACGCUUUAUUGCUCCCUCCUAGUAAAGAGGGCAGUAACAGUCAAUGCCUCACCAUCCAUCAGAGGAACCUAUCAGACACCUACUUUGUCAUUAACUUCAUCCUGGUUAUCUUUGGGUUUCUACUCCCUUUUCUUCUGUCAGCUGUUUGCUAUGGCCGUCUGACGAACACCUUAACUCACCUCAACAUCAGCACGGCUAAAGGUCUGAAUGUCAAGGUGAAAUCUCAGAGGAUGAUGGCCCUGUGUCUGGUGAUAUUUGGGCUGUGCUUCCUGCCCCUGAACGUGGUACGAACCGUGGCAGUGAUAGUUAAAAAAUACUACCCGCAAGAAUGCCACGUUCUUCUGCAGAUCGAGACGGCGUAUUAUGUAUGCUGGAUUAUAGCAGGCGUGAACAGCUGCCUGGAUCCACUGCUGUACUGUUUUGGUUCACAAAAUUUUCGAGAUGCAUUCCAGUCUUUCAGGAUUGGGAAGGGAGAAGGUCUGCCAAGAACUGAUUCAGAAAUGACUGCGAAUCAGUAACA